CAAUGACACAAGGUCACACACUACAAGUUAUAGACCAUAUAAUCAAAUCCCAACUUCAGAUUUUACAAAAUUCCCAACUUUGUAAAAACAAGAAGAAUAAAAAAGAGGUUCAAAAAUGGCAGGAGGUGAAGAUUGGAGGAACAAUGCAGACACCCACAAAAUGAGCCCGGAAGAUGUGAGAAAAGCAGGAGUAGACAACUCAAAAAGGCCACCAGGCCAUAGCCCUGGUGGUGUUUUGCAUCAAAGGAGAAAUUUGCCGUAUAGUCCUACUACUAUGGCUCUUAUUGGCUUUGCUAUUGCUGGUUCUAUCUUUUACUUCACUUUGUAUGCUAAGAAAAAGGCUGAAGCAAGUGCUAGGGAUGUUGCUAGGGUCAGUACUAAUACUGCUGACCCUCAUGAUACUCGUCCACGCAAAUAGAGACAAUUUCUCUGUUGUAAUAGGUUUGUAGA